UCGGCGCUCGAGUGCGCCUGUAACUAAUCCAGUUCAUUCCACCGGAUCAGUUCACCUGGACUCCUGACGGACGUUAAUGUGCGGAGCAGGUGAGCUUCACUGGACAAGUUACUAUCUUUCGAGACAGCACUUACUUGACAGUUUUUGAGUCUUUUAAAGUGAGUUCAUAACAGUUACGGUCAACUUUAAACAUUUUUAAAACAAUCUCCAAACACUUCUGAGGAAUGCGGCGGAUCUGAACCGCAAUAUUUUGUUUGUGUUUACAAAGUGAUUUGGGCAGCACGAGACAAUCUAAAAACGAAACCAUGGCAACAGGAGGAUUUAAAUCUAACAGCGCAACGGACUUUCUAGAGGAAUGGAAGGCAAAGCGUGAGAAGAUGAGAGCAAAGAUGCUUGGAGAUAUCGCCGCCGCCACCGGGAGAACCACUGAGUUAAACAACAACGGCAGCUCGGUUAACUGCGUCUCCUCUUCGUCCUCCUAUCCGGUGACCCGGUCUUCCUCUUCGACCGCUUUGAAGGACGAACCGAAGAAACCCGAGCCGUCCGGGGAAAACUUGAAGAAGACGCCGGAGAAAGUGAGUGGUGUCCCGCAGGCGGAGAGCUCGAGCCCCGCUGGUGUGGAAGACAGUGAUAAAGAGAGUCCCACACACAGCAAGAGUAAAGAGAAUAAGAGCUCAGGACCCAGCGCAAGAAAGGGCAAAGGACAGAUAGAGAAAAGGAAGUUAAGAGAGAAGAGGAGGUCAACAGGUGUUGUCAGCAUACCGUCCAAUGAGAGCUUGGAUGAGCUUGAUGACGACGAUGGAGAAGAGAAGGAGAGGAAGAUGGAAGAAAGUCUUACACAGCACAACACGGUUCAGAACGAGGCAAUGACCCCUGACCCCGGAGCGGCCUACUCGAUACAGGACACUCCGAGAUCCAGAAGUCAUAAGAGGGGACUAAUGCAACAGAGUGGCGGCUUUGGAUCUGAUGGAAUUGCACUUUCACAGGAGCUGGCCGCGGAGAGGCAGGAGAACAGUCACCUGUUGAAAGCCCACCAGGACAAGGACGAGCUGAUCGUUAAGCUGAAGGAAGAGAUCGACCUGCUAAACCGGGAUCUGGAUGAUAUUGAAGAUGAGAACGAGCAGCUCAAACAGGAAAAUAAGACCUUGCUUAAAGUGGUUGGGCAACUCACCAGGUAGAACCCGGCGACCCGAGGAUGGCUAAAAUGGAGUCUGCGUCUCGCUGUGGCGGCCGGAGGGAUUUGCUGAACGACGCCACUGCCGCGCGCCUCUGUCCUUUACAUGUUCUGCUCUGGUUUUGCGUGUCUGUCUGUCUUGUCGUCGCUCUCUGGAAGAGGAUGCAUGCGCGCCUUGGGGAGGCUUCGAGAACCCGGACCUCUGGAUGUCAAACCGAGCCACCCGACGCGAUGUUACUCGAUGCCUCACGCUUUCACUGAGGUUGUCAAAAGGAACUCGCCUUCUAUUUAAUGUAAAUGUGUGUAAAUAGGCUGUGCUGACUGUUCUUUUAAGGCUUACGCAGGACAACGAAAAGAGGAAAUGCCUUUGAAUGUACAUGGUGCGGUACCAAAUGAUUUUCUUUCCUUUCUAUUUUUCCAGCUCAGAGGGUUUUUUACAUUCAAAUCUCAAAUUGCUCGAAUCGCACUUUUAGGAUAUUUCAGCUUCAAGGGCUCCUCUAUCAGUUAAAAGUGGCCUCAAUUGCCUUUACAUUUAAAGUCUGUCUCUUAAACACAUCAUUACUGGUGAGUCCAAAAAGUGCCUGUUGGACAGGAGCCCAUCUAUAAACUUAUGGCCUCAUUUUAAACUGGUUAACCAAUCCUCCUUGGCAGUUGGCAGUACUAGGACCAAUUCCGUGUUUUGGCCUCCGAGAGCGUAGCACAAUGAACGUGUCUCUGGCUUGGAGCUUGCAAAUGCUGUAAUGAAUAUUAUCUGUUAUAGUCUGAUCUUUUACAUUUUACACGCUGUACAAAUGUUUACAAGUUGUUUAAACUCUUGGUAUCAAUAGAUGUAGCUAUUCAUCGUGUACGGUUAGCGCGACGUAUAGCCUAGGCCACUGCGGUGCGUUUUCAAAAUAACCAAAUCAAUCGGAGACGUUAAGCACAUUCACAUGGUCUCUAGUUGCCGAUAAAGACGGCGAUAUGACAUUACUUUACGUUAAAUUGCUAUUGCAAAGUCACCACUUAGGGGUUCAUAUCUACAUCGAUGCUAAUCAACAAUGCUAAUGAAAUGUAUUCUGUAAAGUCAUUUGAGGGGGGUAUCUUUUUUUUUUAGUGUGUAUAGAGGGGUGGGAGAUAUCUGUAUCCCACCGCUUUACAUAAUGCAUGUACAGAAGAUUGAAUAAAAGUCCAUAUAAAAAAAGU